ACUAAUCUUAUAGCAGGUUUAUGUUGAGGUAACAUAAGGUCAUCCUUUAAUAUCUGUUUGGUUGAAAACUAUAUUCCUGAUUUAUUUGAAACAUGAACUUUCUUUGUGAUGGUUAAGAUUUGAUCUGACAUAAUCUAUCACUAAUUCAUUCCUAAAAUCUCCAACCCAUUCAUUAAUGAUGCUUAUGGGGUCACUGGUUUUGCUACUAGCACUUUUUUCCACUUGCACUUCCUUGGACACCAUCUCCUCUUCCUACAUCCUUAAUGCCUCCGAAACUUUAAGCUCCAGUAAUGGUUUGUUCCACCUUGGAUUUUUCACCCCUACUAACUCAUCAACCUUUUCAUCCUACCUCGGUAUCUGGUUCAUGACCAAACCCUCUGUCGUAUGGGUUGCCAACAGGAACCAACCAAUAACUGAUUCUUCAUCUUCUGGGCUGCUCAAGAUAUCAAAGGAUGGAAACCUUGUUGUGACGAACUCAAAAAGUGUGGUCCUUUGGUCAACAAAGGCCUCCAAUAUUUCAUCUAACACAUUAGCUAAGCUUCAAAACAACGGCAACCUUGUGUUGCAAGAAAACUCCACAGGAAGGAUCCUGUGGCAGAGUUUCCAACACCCCACAAACACUUUCCUGCAGGGAAUGGAACUCGGUACCGGUAACAUUAGCGGGGAGAGAAUAAAACUGACUUCGUGGAGAAGCCUCCAGGAUCCAUCCAUUGGAGAAUUCUCAGUGAGUCUUGAACACCUGAAUAUCCCGGAAGUGAUGAUAUGGAGAGGGAGCCAACCUCACUGGCGCAGUGGUCCAUGGAAUAGUCAAAAGUUUCUUGGCAUACCUGACAUGAGAAGCAACUUUCUUUCAGGGUUUUACUUAGGUGUGGAAGACAUGGAUAAUGGAAUUACUAAUUACUAUCUUGCUUACAACUACUCAAACAAUCCUGAUUCUGUAUACUACUACAUGUUGAGUGCUGAUGGAAACCUACAUGAAACAUAUUGGGAUCAUGAAAAGGGAGAAUGGCUCGACUCGUGGUUAGCUAUAAAUUCAGAGUGUGAUGUGUAUGGCAAGUGUGGAGAGUUUGGAAUUUGUGAUUCUACUAGAUCUCCGAUUUGCAGCUGUUUGAGAGGGUAUAAGCCAAGGAAUCCUGAGGAGUGGAAUAAACAGAACUGGAGCAGAGGUUGUGUUAGGAAGGAACCUUUUCAGUGUGAGAAUGAUGGAUUUGUGAAGUUGCAGAAUGCCAAGGUUCCAGCCUCUAUCAAGUGGUCGUCUACCGCGAUUGGAAACGACUGCAGAGGCCAGUGCUUGGGGAACUGCUCCUGCACAGCAUAUGCAUAUGAUGCUGGCACUGGUUGUAUGGUGUGGACUGCAAACUUAACUGACAUACAAAGCUUCUCAGCUGGAGGAAUUGAUCUUUACAUUCGAGUUCCCAAUUCAGAGCUUGGUGAAGACAAGAAAAAUGUCACAGUGGUCAUUGCAGUGCCAGUCAUAGUAGGAGCCGCUAUCAUUCUCAUCUGUGCUUAUAUCUUCUGGAAAAGGAUUCAAAUCAGAGAGAAAGCGAAAAACAAUGACCUAGUGAAAUUCCCAGAGCUUUCCCAAUUUGAGUUUAAAAGACUUGUUGCUGCAACAAAUAACUUUAAUCUAUCAAAUAAGCUAGGGGAAGGAGGUUAUGGCCCAGUAUAUAAGGGAACAUUGGAAGAUGGACAGGAAAUAGCAGUUAAAAGGCUUUCAAGAUCGUCCGGGCAAGGAUACGAAGAAUUUAUGAAUGAGGUUAUGGUAAUAUCAAAGCUUCAACAUUUUAAUCUCGUUAGACUUUUUGGAUGUUGUAUAGAAGGAGAUGAGAAGAUUUUGAUCUAUGAGUACAUGCCAAACAAAAGUCUAGAUGCAUAUAUGUUCGAUCAAUCACAAAUACUGAAUUGGGAAAAACGUUUCAGUAUAAUUGAAGGAAUAGCAAGGGGCUUGCUUUACCUUCACAGAGAUUCUAGACUAAGAAUUAUACAUAGAGAUUUAAAGAUGAGUAACAUAUUACUUGAUGAAGAGCUAAAUCCAAAAAUUGCCGAUUUUGGCAUGGCAAAGAUUUUUACACGGACUCAAGAUGUGGUCAAUACUAGAAGGGUUGUUGGAACAUACGGUUAUAUGUCACCAGAAUACGUUAUACAAGGACUAUUUUCGGAAAAGUCUGAUGUAUUUAGCUUUGGUGUUUUACUGCUGGAAAUUGUUAGUAAGAGAAAAAAUAGCAGCUUUUAUGAAGAUGCUGAAUCUUUGAAUCUUUUAGGAUUUGCAUGGAAUUUAUGGAAUGCAGAUAACAUUGCAUCUCUUAUAGAUCCAGAAAUAUCAAGCUCAUGCAACAAAGAAGAUAUAAUGAGGUGCAUACAUAUUGGUCUUUUAUGUGUACAAGAGCUUGCAAGAGAUAGGCCUACAAUGACUUCAGUGAUUUCAAUGCUUAAAAGUGAGACAAUCAAUCUUCCUCCUCCAAAACAGCCAGCAUUCAUUCUAAGGCAGACUAUACUUGAUAUAGAAUCUUCUCUUACAAAUAAGGAAUUAGGUUCUAUCAAUAAUGUGACCAUAACAAAUAUUCAAGGAAGAUAAAAAUACUUUGUUUGGUAUACGGCAAAAUUCUGAACAAUAAAAGUGAAAACUCAAAACAGAAAACUGUCAAGAUUUUAGUUAACGCUGAUAGCUUGCAGCUACCUAAUAAUUGUUGUUUAGUCCGUUAUAUCUGAACUGAAAUUUUUAAAGAACCCAAAAAAUAUGCAUGUGGCUAAUU